GGGUGGCAGCAUUCAGGUACCAGGGCCGCCCGUCGCCACAGCCUCACCACGCCCGCGCCCUUGAACACGCCCACCACACCACAAGUACGCCCGCACGCCACAGAAUGGAGUGACGGGACACCACUGUUUAAAAGGCUCGGGGGAGAGGCGGAGCGGGCAGCAUGCUGGGCGCCGUCAGGGAAUGGCUCACACAAUGCCGGGAGUCGCGCAAGCUUAUUCUGGUCAUUGUUGCCAUAGCCCUUCUCCUCGACAACAUGCUCCUCACCACCGUCGUGCCCAUCAUCCCCAAAUACCUCUACAUGAUGAGGCACCCGAACUCCACCGACCUCGAUGGCCCCUGACACCACCCCACCGCCCCCACCACCACGCCCCAGCCCUCCCACCACCACCACCACCACCGCCCUGCUAGCUGGUAUUGGUCACUCCCACGGUAGAGAAGGAUCCGGCCGCUGUUAUUGCCCAGAAGAGGGAGGAGGUGGAGGUAAAAGGCCCCUCCCCUCCUCCUUUCCCCCCUACCCCUUCGAUACAGGCCAAACAGAGGAGGCAGGCAGAAACAACAUGGAAUUCCUGCAGAACACCACGUCCAUUGCCAACAAGCCAGCCCCUCCGCCGCCCCCUCUCACCACCUCCGCCCCUACACCAUCAACGCGGCGGCCGGUGGGAGGGCACAAGAUGAACCACGAGGACCUGGUCAACGAGAACGUGGAAGUCGGCCUGCUGUUCUGCUCCAAGGCGGUGGUGCAGCUUCUCACCAACCCGUUCAUUGGACCACUCACACACAGAAUUGGCUACAGUCUCCCAAUGUUUGCUGGAUUUGUCAUCAUGUUUCUCUCCACCCUCAUCUUCGCCUUCGGCCGGAGUUACCUCGUGCUGUUCAUCGCCAGAGCUGUUCAGGGUAUUGGGUCCUCGUGUUCCUCCGUCUCAGGCAUGGGCAUGUUAGCGGAGCGGUACCCGGAUGACAAGGAGCGCGGGAAUGCCAUGGGUAUCGCACUGGGCGGCCUGGCACUGGGAGUGUUGAUUGGCCCUCCCUUCGGUGGCAUCAUGUUUCAAUUUGUUGGCAAGACUGCGCCCUUCCUCAUUCUGGCUGUCCUGGCAUUGGGAGAUGGCUUGCUGCAGCUGUUGGUGUUGCAGCCAGCCAUCACCAAGCAGCAAGACGAGGCGCCCACACUCAUGCAGCUCAUCAGUGACCCGUACAUCAUCAUUGCUGCUGGCGCCAUAACCUUCGCCAACAUGGGGAUCGGGAUGCUGGAGCCCUCCCUGCCGCUGUGGAUGAUGGACACAAUGGACGCGGAGGAAUGGCAGCUGGGCAUUGUGUUUAUCCCAGCCUCCGUCUCCUACCUGAUCGGCACUAACUUAUUCGGCCCCCUUGGUCACCUCAUGGGACGCUGGCUCGCUUCGCUUCUCGGACUCUUCAUUAUCGGCAUUUGUCUUAUGAGUAUCCCCAGCGCCACUACGAUUAACCACCUGAUCGCUCCUAACGCUGGGCUGGGCUUCGCUAUUGGUAUGGUGGACUCCUCAAUGAUGCCUGAGCUGGGUUACCUCGUCGACCUCCGCCACUCCGCUGUCUACGGGUCUGUCUACUCCAUUGGGGAUGUCGCCUUCUGCCUCGGCUUUGCUAUUGGCCCCGCACUGUCCGGCACUCUAGUUCAGACGUUCGGAUUUAAAUGGAUGCUUUACGGGAUAGCCAUCAUCAACUUCCUGUACGCGCCCUUCAUGUACUGCCUCAAGUCCCCGCCAGCCAGGGAGGGGGAGCAGCAGGGCCUGAUAUACGGAGAAAAGUCAUCAGUCCGCUACGUCACUUACAAGAACGAAGAUGAGGAGUAAGAGACUUAGACAUAAGGACUCCCUGACAGCCACACUCGCCUCAAGACACGCCAAACACACCAACACACCCGCCGAGUGAAGCCAACACUGCGAUAACACAAGACCAGGCAAGACCAGGGAAAGGAAGGCAAGGAUACAUAAGGUCAAGACAAGAUAGGGUACGAUAAGGGUUUACGAUAUGGUAAGAUAGGGUAAGCUAAGGCAAGAUACGUUAAGAUGAAGCAAGAUAAGGCAACAUAAGGCAAGGCAAGGCAAGGCAAGAGAAGAUAAAUCAAGAUGGGACAAGAUAAAUCAAUAUAAGGCAAGAUAAAGCAAGAUAAGGCAACAUAAGGCAAGGCAAGGCAAGGCAAGACGAGAUAAGGCAAGGCAAGGCAAGAAAGUAGAAAUAUUACUAGUUUUAGGUGAAAUAUUGAUAAGAAAGGCGGAAAAUUGAUAAAGAAAGUAGAAUAUUGUAAGUUUAGAGUGAAAUAUUGAUAAGAAAGUGAAGAUAUUACGAGUUUAAAGUAAAAUAAUGACUAAAAAGUGAAAAUAUUACAAGUUUAAAGUAAAAUAUUGAUAAGAAAGGCGCAGUAUUGAUAAAGAAAGGCGGAAUAUUACAAGAUUAAGCUGAAAUAUUGACAAGCAAGGCGGAAUAUUGAUAAAGAAAGUGAAAUAUUACAAGAUUAGAGUGAAAUAGAGAUAAGAAAGUAUUAGUGACUGAUAAGAGAGCGGUUGAAACACAGCGGGGUCUUUAUAGAUCAAAUACACACGAACCAUUCUGAAAUUAUACCGAAGGAGAAAAAAAAGUAGGAGGAGGAGAAAGGAGAAAAGUGGAAUGAUGAUGAUGAAAAAUA